AUGGAAAAGGCUGUGGACUGCCUGGACCCAAAAUGUUCUGGUCAUGGAACAUGUGUCAACGGACAGUGCUACUGCAAGGCAGGAUGGCAAGGUGCCAACUGUAGUACUGUGGACCAGCAGGUGUACCAAUGCUUACCUGGCUGUUCAGAACACGGUACCUAUGAUCUAGAAACUGCCACCUGUGUCUGCGAGUCCUUCUGGACAGGACCAGAUUGUUCAAAACCAUGGUGUCGUUUAGACUGUGGCCCUCAUGGUCGCUGUGACUCUGGCCGAUGUGUUUGCUCAGAAGGAUGGACAGGAGACCGGUGUGACACUUUACCUUGUGAUUCUCGUUGCUCACAACAUGGACAAUGUAAAAAUGGUACCUGUGUCUGCUCACAGGGCUGGAAUGGUAGACACUGCACUCUACCUGGAUGUGUAAAUGGAUGCAGCAGACAUGGUUCUUGUAUCCUCCAGGAGGGUGAAUAUACCUGUCAGUGUUCAGAAGGUUGGGCAGGAAUAGACUGUAGUGUCAGGCUUGAGAUGGAUUGUAAUGAUGAAGUUGAUAAUGAUCAGGAUGGAAUGAUGGAUUGCUCCGAUUCCGAAUGCUGCUCUCACCCCUCUUGUCUGGAGCACAUAAUGUGCCUUGCAUCAAAUGACCCAGUGGAAGUUUUGCUGAGGAAACAGCCACCUUCCGUGACAGCAUCAUUCUACCAACGAGUCAAGUUCCUUGUGGAGGAAAACAGUGUUCAGAGCUAUGCUCACAUGGAUGAAUACAGUGAGAGGAGAGUUUCUGUGAUGAGAGGACAAGUUUUAUCUCCUCAAGGAUUGGGAAUUGUUGGUAUACGUGUGUCAGUUGAUAGGGAUUCUAGAUUUGGAUUCACACUUACACGUGCUGGAGGAUGGUUUGAUGUAUUAGUUAAUGGCGGAGGAGCAGUAACUUUGCAAUUUCAAAGGAGCCCAUUCCAACCAAUGACAAGGACUGUAUUUGUGCCUUGGAAUCAGAUUGUAGUUCUUGCUCCUAUUUUCAUGCAACUUUCUGAUGAAACUGCAGAACAGUUCAGGGAAAAUCAACCUCCUCCUGCUCUAGCUCUUGGUUUAGGAAGUCUUGUCCACAAUUUACCUUGUAUAGAUCAUGAUGAAACACUGUUAAUGCCGGUAAUAUUGUCAACUUGGAUGCCUGAAAAAGUUGGAGGGAUGCCUGGAAAAAGUUUAAUUUUUGCAGAAACACAAAUGCUUCAAGAAAGUAUUCGUAUUCCUGGUUCUGGUCUACAUCUAAUGUAUAGAACAAGUCUCGCGCCUGGUUACUUGAGUAAAGUUGUCAUGAGACUUACACGUUCAAAGAUUCCUAAGUCUCUUGUGAAGGUUCAUGUUAGAGUGGAAAUCGAAGGUUCAGUCCACACAAAAACAUAUGAAGCUGACCCUAAUCUAACUCAUGUAUUUGCCUGGAAUAAAAGAAAUGUUUAUAAACAGAAAGUUUAUGGAGUUGCCCAAGCUAAAAUAUCAAUUGGUUAUGAACACUCAACUUGCCCUAGUAUUGUUUGGGAAACACAAACAGCCACACUUCAAGGAUUCGAUGUGGAUAUCUCAGAUGUUGGCGGAUGGAGUCUCAAUAUUCAUCACCAUUACAACUUUCAUGAAGGUAUUUUACAAAAGGGAGAUGGGUCUACUGUGCACCUCAAGCAGUUGGCCCGUAGUGUAAAAGUCGUGAUGGGCACAGGAUUACAACGGCCACUGCAGUGCAAGGAUUGUGAUGGCACUGCAAGAGAUGCCAGACUUUUAACUCCUGUUGCACUGACAUCUGGUCCUGAUGGUUCGUUAUAUGUCGGUGACUUUAAUCUAAUUAGACGUCUCACACCUGAUGGCAAUGUUUAUACUGUCUUGCAGCUUAGUGCGACCCAAGUGUCCUACCAGUAUUAUUUAGUUUUAUCUCCAGCUGAUGGAAGAUUAUAUGUGUCCGAUCCUGAAAGACAUCAAAUCUUACGAGUAAUAUCGUUGGAUUCUGUACCAGAACCAUCAAUUAAUUGGGAGGUUGCAGUUGGUUCUGGAGAUCGCUGUAUCCCUGGAGAUGAAACCAGUUGCGGUGAUGAAGGUCCAGCACUUCAAGCUAAAUUGGCUCAUCCUAAAGGUUUAGCAAUAGCUGCUGACAAAACAAUGUAUAUAGCCGAUGGUACAAACAUCAGAUCUGCUCAGCUGCAAUGGCCCACUGGUCUUGCUUUAAGCGCAUUAGAUGGAUCACUACAUUUUAUUGAUGACCGACUUGUCUUGAAGCUUACUUCUGAUUUAAAAGUGCGCCUUGUGGCUGGAACUCCACUUCACUGCCAUUCUAAUGCAGAAGAAAAACAUGAAGAGGAGAAACAGGUUCAGACUGAAGAAGGAACUGUCGCUACUUCAACAGCCCUUGGUCCAGUACUUGCUCUCGCAUUCAGUCCUGAUGGGUUGCUAUACAUCGCAGACACUGACUCUCAGAAAGUAAAUGCUAUUCGAGUUGUGGAUGCAUCAGGAAAAAUGGCUUAUUUUGCAGGAAAAGUUCAACAAAACAAUGAUAAAACAUUAUGUGACUGUGCGAGUAACAGUACUUCACCUUGUUCAUGCUUCAGUGAAACUAGUAAUUCAAAGGAAACUCUAUUGUCGACAACUGCUAGGUUUACCUCAAUAUCUGCUAUUGCAGUGAGCCCAGAUGGAAUAGUUAAUGUUGCUGACCAGGGCAACUUGCAUAUCUUAGCCCUGGAGCAUUAUCUUCCAACUCAUGAUGAAAAUGGGGAAUUCAGAAUACCAUAUCCUGCUACGGAAGAAAUUUAUGUUUUUAAUCGUUAUGGUCAGCACAUUUCAACCAGAGACAUCACUACUGGCAAACCCAAAUACACAUUCCUCUACAGCAAAAAUACUAGUUUUGGAAAGUUAUCAACAGUUACUGACAGUUCUGGAAAUAAAAUUCUUUUCUUGAGGGACUAUAGCAACGUAGUUAGUGCGAUAGAAAAUACACAGGACCAUAAAUCGGAACUAAAUAUAUCUGGAAUUGGGUUUUUGACUAAGUUUGUUGAGAAAGGUCGUUCUGAAAUUGUUUUAGAUUAUGAUCCUACUUCUGGGCUCCUAACUAGUAGAUCUGACUCCUCAGUAUCUGGCGGAUCAACCUAUUUGUACAAUUACGACUCACUCGGUCGGUUAAUUGAUGCAGUUCUUCCAACUGGUGAAACAAUGUCAUUGACUUCACAACUUGGUCAAAAAGAUGAACUUGAAGUCUAUAUCACCCUCCCUGUUCAUCCGAUGACAACAGAGCUUCAUCGUGUAGGAAUCAGUAUGAAUGAUGAUCGUAUCGCUAUCAGAGAUGGUCUUUCGGUGAUGGCUGAGGCUGGACUGUUACAUAAUAGAACUGUUGUAAUGAGCACUAGCUCUCAUGGCCGAGUGGAGUUGAGACCUGGAGCUCGACACCCUCUACUGGAACUGGCCAUGCCAGUACAGGCUGAAAUGUGGCCGAUGUGGAGCCGGCAAUCUACCACAAGGCAUGGCAUUACCAACAGCAUGGCUGCCACUUAUACUCUGGUCGGAGAUGCUGCCAACAACCAACACACAGUUCAUAGUCAUCUAUGGGUGAACAGUUCCAAAGUACUUGGUAUUGAGUAUGACCAAGGGAAGAGUAGAAGAACAGUUUAUGAUAAAGACCAAGUACCUAUUCUUAGCAUCACUUAUAAUAACCAUGGUCUGCCGACAUCUUGGAGACCAGCUAAUACUAGAACUCUUAAUAUUACAUAUGACAGAUUUAAUAGAAUCGAAGGAUGGAAAUGGGGAAUGCAAGCUGAAACAUAUUCUUAUGACAGGCAUGGUUUGCUAUCUGAAGUCAAGACCAAACAAGAUGGUGUUAUCCGAUAUACAUAUAAUGACCUAAACUUAGUAACCCAGAUAACUCUCGGUAGUGGCAGAAAAGUAUCUUUAGUUUAUGAUGAACAUGCUGGAUUGAGACACAUUGUUUUGGCAUCAGGAGCGAAACAUUCUGUUUCUUGUCAGCCAUCAAUUGGCUUUGUCAGAUUUACAUAUACUCCACCUGGUUCAACAAAGUCCUACUUGCUUCAUUAUACACAUGCAGGAAAAUUACUUCAGAUAGUCUACCCUGGAGAUGGUGCUCGUGUUUUGUACAGAUAUCACCCUUCGGGUCAAUUAGCUGAGGUUGUUCACGGAGAUGGAAUAACACAACUCAAACAUUGGCCGGAUUCUGGACUUCCUAGUCAAGUGCUCCAUUUUGAAAAAGAUUUUGAAUAUCGAUGGGAUUAUCAAUAUUCUGGAGGUUUACUUACAGAAGAAAGGCUUGACUAUGGACCCAAAACUGGAUUAAGUAACUCUAAGUUCAUGUACCAAUAUGAUGAUAACUUCAGAUUGACUUCGUUGCAAGGUAGGAUUGGAGGUCAAACUUUACCAGAAUACUCAGUUCAAUAUAAUCCAAAAACUGGAGCCAAAAGUCAAAUGGGACAAUUUAUGGUUACCUGGCCAUCAACCAACGAGACCUCAUUAUCUGAUUCCACAGCAGUUUUUAGCAGGAUUUCGAAUAAACAGUUUCAAGUUACACAAGUUACUGUUACUAUACAUAGGAUGGAAGUUUUCCGAAUGGAGUACACUUAUGAUUCUAGAAAUCGUAUAAGCCAAACUCGAACUUAUACUCGUAAUGUUGGGGUGAAUACAUACAUUAAUGUUAAAAAUUUGACUUGGGAUUCUGAUGGUCAGUUGAUAGCUGUUGAGGCACAAGAGCCCUGGGGUUUCAAAUAUGAUGCCAAUGGAAAUAUGUUAUCGCUCACUUACAGAGGAAAUACUAUUCCUAUGGAAUAUAAUGCAAUGGACCGUAUUGUAAAAUUUGGUGAUGGACAGUACAGAUAUGACAAUAGAGGAUUAGUUGUUCAAAAUGCACGUGAAGAGAAAUUUCAUUACAAUGCUAAAGGUUUAUUGGUACGAGCUACUAAAAGAGGCCGAUUUGAUGUCAAAUAUUACUAUGACCAUCUUGACCGGUUAUCCACAAGAAAAGAUAAUUAUGGAAAUGUUACCCAAUUUUUCUACACCAAUCAUAAAAGGCCAGACGAGGUUACGCAUAUCUACAGCCCAAGAGAUGGCAAACUUAUGUCUCUGACCUAUGACGAUCGAGGUCACCUUAUUUUUGCACAAGUCUUCAGACACAAAUAUUAUGUUGCAACAGACCAAUGUGGGACCCCAGUGAUGAUUUUCAACCAGUAUGGUGAAGGGAUUAGAGAAAUAAUGAGGUCACCUUACGGCCAUAUAGUUUAUGACUCUAAUCCUUAUUUGUACUUACCUGUUGAUUUUUGUGGAGGCUUGUUAGAUCAGGUCACUUCCUUAGUUCACAUGCCUGGUGGUAAAGUUUAUGACCCACUGAUAGGUCAGUGGAUGUCACCAUUGUGGCAAGAAGUUGUACAAAAGCUUUCAAAUCCUACAAAAUUACAUUUAUAUAGAUUUAAUGGAAAUGACCCAAUUAAUGUUCAUCAAACUCCUCACCAACUUGGAGAUGAAAGGAGUUGGUUGUCUCGGUUGGGAUAUGAUAUUGAUAGUUUAGCACCUCAGCUGGAUCAGGGAUAUCUCCAACUGCCUGGACUCCAAGGCUCUACGUUUGAUUCUCCAUUCACAGUGACAUCUGGUUUUCUCUCCCACCUCUCAGAGAGAUUUAUGAAAAAUAAGCUCUCUUCUCUGCCACAGUCACAAAUAAGACUGAACCCAAUUACUGUAGAAGACAGCUCAAACAGUGCUGACUUCAAUCCAGUUAGAGCUGCCUUUGGUAUUAGCAAACAGGCUGGGCUUGGGCUUGAACCAGGAGCUGAAGCACAACCUCCCUUUGGGAAGGGCAUACUCGUAUCAAGGACUCAUGAGGGGCGUGCUAUAAUUCACAGUGACCCAACAGCAAACUCUAUCUACAGGGAUGUCCUCACAUCAGUUUUCAAUAACACUUUCCUUUUGCCUUUCACAAUGGUGUUACAUGGUAGUCUGCAGGAUGCCUUCUUCUUUGUCAAAGAGGAUGCUUGGAGAGCACAAGAGGAUCAAGCACAAUUGAAGCGAUUUGGAUCCCAGUUUAACACCAGCUUUAUUGAAAAAGAAGGAGAAACAGGGUCAGGAAAGGUAUUGGAUGUCAAGAUACAUCGGCCAAAUGCCAUUAUCAAUUUAAGGUAUGGUACAACUAUUGAGAGGGAAAAGCAACGCUUAUUGCACCAUGCAAAGGCUGCAGCACUGCGAAAGUUGUGGCAUAAAGAGAGGGAUGCACUUCGUAAUGGGCUCCCUACUACACGUGAAUGGGCUCAAGUAGAAGUAGAAGAACUCCUCAAGUCUGGCUUCGUCAGCGGAUUUGAUGGAGAACAUAUUCGAGAUGCACAGCGAUACCCAGAACUUGCAGAGGACCCAUAUAACAUAAGAUUUGUGAAAAAAGCUCGAUAAGUGAGACUGCCCCUCCAAACAGCCCGCCCAAAAACAAAAUCACAGUAUUAUAGUUAGUUUAACUUUAUAAUUUGGGGUGUUAUUAGAUGUAUUUCCUUUAUGACUGUUUUUAACUCAUGGAUAUACCCGAGAGGUCCAAUUGUUGAAUGUUUUAAUUUUUAGAUUGAGAUGUUUAGAAUAUAUAUGUAUGUGUUCCUAUGAUAUUGUGUUAUAUAUUUCACACUGUUUUGCAAUGUUAUUUAAUUGGUGUGUCUAAUACCCGAAUUAUAUGUGUUAAAAAACUAUAAUGAAUGAUGAGCACAGAUUUAAAGUUUUGUACUAAUGACUUUUUAGAGCUUAUGUAUAUAAUAUAUAUUUAUAUUGAAAAAGAGACUAUUAUUAUAAGAAUAUGUAUAGUUAUUCGAUUUGUUAUAAAAUUAAGAUUUGUAAGCAUUUUCUAUUUGAAAAUUAUCUUUUUUCGAUUGAUGAAAAUGCUUGUGAAUAAACAAACUUUAAUGACUGUUUCUGAGAUAAGUAUUUCAUUGGCCUACGUGCGUACUUGUGGUACAGAACCAUUUAUGGCCUCUUCAUUGGUAAGAGACAAAAUCAGCAUUUGUCCCGGGAUAAUUUUGUUUCGAGGAUUGCAUUUUUUAAUUACCUGGUGCUAUAUUACUAUUAUCAUAAUUAUUAUAAUGAUUGAGAAUUUUUUUUUUAAACCAAUGCUCAAUAAAAACAUUGAGUUUGUACUUUUGCUAAAAGAAAAUAAAUGAUAAUUUGCCAUCUUCAGUUAAAAAUAUAAUGUACUUUUCUGUGAUGUAUCAAUCUAUACCUAGAUCUUCUGAAAAGUAGCAUUUUUCUGAAUAAAUUAUUUUAUCGAGUUUUGUGACAAACUUUCCAGAUAGUGACAACAUGAACAUUCAAUGGAAUUUUUUAUCUGAGUUUGUCACUAAAUGUGUUCAUGAAAACAAUAUAUAAAUGUUUAAAUUUUCUAUGGUCAAUAGAUUAAAAGAUAUCAUGAUCUAGAUGUAAAAUAUAAUACACAUAUAAUUAAUAUACUUAGAGCUAUGGAUAGUUUCUCUUAAGCAUGAUACUAAACACUGUUUCAUUGAUAUUUGUUUAAGUGUUUGCAUGUAGAAUCCAUAAAAAAAAAUAAUAUGUGCACCAAAGAAAAUAUAUAUGUAUAAGAUACCUAUCUAUAUGAAAAUUAAAUCCAACAAUAUUACUUUAAAAUAUUCAUUGUUUUCAUUUUCAUUAUUUCAUUUGAUUUUGGAAUGGUAUAUUUAGAUUUGUUCUAAAUUUUAUGAUAAAAAAUUAGCUUAUGAAAAGCAGCAACUAUUUUAAAUAUAUGAGAAAAGUCUUACAGAUUUGAAAAUUUGAUUGAUUUUCUUCAACAUCAGGAUACUUUCCUUAACAAACUAAGCUGCUAAUUUGUUACAGUUUUUCUAUGUUGUUAAAGAAACAGUCUACUAAUGACGAUUUCAUUUUUUAUUUUUUUAGAGGAAUAUAUUUCAUUCUUAUUAAUAAAUGAAAAAAAAAGAAAAAAAAAACAUUGUGAAUAUGUGAAUAAAUCUUGGAUGAACUCUUGAAAAGAGAAGUGAUUAUGUGUCAGUAUUUUUCUAGCAUUGACUACGCAUUCGUCCAAAAGCUAAGUGAAAGAUGGGUGACUUGUCUCCUAACUUUGAAAAGUUUGUGUCAUUACAGGCUCAUGUGAAUGAGAAUUCCUAUAAAUGCCAAAAUAAUUUUUGAGAAAAGACUCUUAAAUUUUUGUAUACAAUAAAAAUUUAAUGCCAAAAAUGUUAUGUUUUAUAAAAAGAAAUAUUAUUAAAAAAAAAACCUGCCGAAAUUUUUUCUAAAUCAUUUUAUAUGUGUUUAUUGAUUACAGAAAUAAAUGUUAUCUUUUCUUCUAUUUUUUUUAUUUUUUAUUUUACUUCUGAUAUUAUUUAACUUUGUAUAACAAAGUUAUUUUUAUUGAAAAGACUGUUCAGUAGAAUUAAUCUGUUUUUGAUUAGGAAUAAUUAAUUAUACAUUAAAGUGUGAUAUACAAUAGGCAGGAUGUUUUUUUCAUGUGAAAACUUCCGUUUAAAUUUUUGUGGAAAUUUUUUGUGAAAAAAUUUCACAUUAUAUUAAUGAGAAGCAUGCCUGUUAUUAAUUAUAUUUAUUGCUGUUGUAAUUAUUUCGAUGUACUAUUUUUAAUUUUCUAACUAUCUUUGUAAAUAUAAAUGUCAAUAAUAAUUGUAAAGAAAAAAAAGAAAAAAAAAACACUGCUUUAAAUUUAGGAAAUAGAGUUACCUUGUAUAAUUUGGCUUUCAUGACCUAUGCAUAUAUUAAUUUUAUUUUUCUUAAACUUAGUUCGUGAUUUAUAUUUUUCAUGUUACCUAUGUACAGAAUAUAUUUUAUAAACAAUAUUGAGUGAGUGUACGAUAUAGUAUUUAAAUGUAUGAGAAAAUGUAACAAUUAUUUGUUUACUGUACAAGUUUAAAAUAUCAUUAUGUGUAAAAUAUAUUAUCUGUUUUAUAUUUAAAAACCCUUCUCGUGAUUAAAUUUUUCCAACCCCUUUAAAUUCUUUCCCAGUACUUAUUAGUUCGUUUAUUUCCUUUAAUAUCCAAGGUGUUAAUUGAAUAAUGUUUAAAUCAUUGAUCAUAAACUGUGAUGCCAUUAGAUUUGGUUCAUUUGAAGGAAUUAGAUCUAAUAUUAGAUUUUUUUUUUUAUUAAAAUAAGUUUAUGAAAAUUAUUUAAUAUUUAUUUUUUAUAUCCAAAGUAUUCUCAAUAUAUCUAUUUAUUUAUUUGUAAAACUUUAUUUAUGUCAAUUUAAUGCACUAAUCAGUCUCUAUUCAUUGGCACUAUUAAAAAUUAGAAUCAAUAGGAAAUUUUCACAUAAUUCAGUCAAUAGAAAUUAUUACUUCAUAAUUACUCUACUUUGAAUAGAAAUUAUUUUCUGAAACAUUGGGUUAUUAUAAAGUAUUUGAAGUGUAUUUUUAAAAUAAUACAAACCCUAUUUAUUACUUCCAGGGUAUGCAAGAAAAAUCUCAUACCUCAAUCUGUUUAUAACAGAGAUGGGCAAAAUCGGAAUCAAUGUAUCAUGAUUAAACCUGGAAUGACCAUUCCAGUUAUAUAUUUGAUUCAAAAUAGCAAAAAUGUGAUACAAUUACCUGAAUAUAUUUGUAAUCAGUAAACAGAUCACUGUAAACGUAAUCGUUGAUUAUGCCCAUGUAUGGUUUAUAACUCAACCACUGUAUCCUAUCUCAAUAUCUGUUUUUGUAAACCUUAUAGCUCCAGUCUCUGAGCUAUAUACAGUGGACAUAAAAAGUAUUCGUAUAGCCUGUUUUUUGGCAGAAACGGUUCAUUUUAUUUUUUUUAACUUGAAAUAAUGGCAUAUAUCAAUUACAAACUUCAUUUUGUGUAAAUUUUAAGUAACACCAAAACUUAAAAUCUCAUCCAACUUUUAUAACAUUAAUAUUUCAUUUGUACAUAAUUUACACACAAAAAAGGUAUUCGUACACUAGAGCAAGUAUUAAUAAUACAAUAAAUUUUGUUAUCAAAACAGUGUUUUAACGUUACAUUAAUAAUUCUUUACCUCAGAGAAUUAAAUGAUAAAAAUGAACAAGAAAUUGCUUGUUCAGUUCAGUACUAAGGAAUUUUUCUUGGCUAUGGACCGUAUGUCCAAAGAAUUGAAUUCUCAUCAUAAAGAUGUAUUUUCAACAGGGUAUAAGUUUGCGGAAUAUUGGAAAAAAGUUCGGACUACCUCAUACAAUAAUGCAUUACAUUAUAAAAGAAUUUAAAAACUGAUCAGUGGACAACCCCGCCCAGGGAGAAAACACUUGUUGAUAGUGCAAGAAUCUCGUGAAAUUGUACGUAUUGUGGCAAAAAAUCCCAAAUUAAGUGCUUGAGAAAUUUCGUCUCACGUUGCGCCAGCUUAUGGGAAAUCUUUACUUCAUACCAUGAGGAAUCGGCUACAUGAAGUUAUAGAGGUAGAACGGUAAGAAAAAAACCUUCUAUAAACGGAAAAAAAACAGAAAAAAAGGCUGGAGUUUGUCUGAGAACAUGUAAAUAAACCUUAUGCGUUUUGGGAAAAUUUGUUGUUUUCAGAUGAAAGCAAGUAUAAUAUAUUUGGAUAUGAUGAAAAAAUAUAUGUUUAGAGGAAAGAUAUUUGGGCACCAAAAUCUUCAACCCACAGUGAAGCACGGAGGGGAUACCAUGGUUUGCAGCUGCAUGGGUGCUGCAGGAGUUGGUGAACUAGCCUUUAAUGACGGAGUUAUGAAUGCUGACAAAUAUGUGGAUGUGUUGCGAUGCUAUUUAAAUAAAAGUGCUCAAAAGUUUGGAAUGGAGGACAUGUAAAUGUUUCAACAGGACAACGAUCUCAAGCAUAUGGCCAAUAAUACCAAAGAAUGUCUGCUAUAUAAUGUUCGCUAAAUGCUCAAAACACCUCCACAAUCACCAGAUCUUAAUCCAAUUGAAAAUUUAUGGGUGCUGCUGGAAUUGAAAAUCUGAAAAUACUUUUGUUUCUCUCGGAAUGACUUAAUAAACAAUCUUAAGAAAGCUUGAGAAGAAAUUGGACCAGAGGAGACUAAGAGGCUCAUAGAAUCGAUGCCAAGAAGACUCAAUGCUGUGAUAAAAGCGAAAUGCUACCCUACAAAAUGCUAAAAUUAAUUGAGACUGAUAUUUAUGCUUACCAUUCGUAGUUCACACUAGUUGUAAGUGGAUAAUGUUGUGUUGUGAUCAUACAAAGGAAAAAUACAUCAAAUUAUUCACUAUUUUAAAAACUGCUAAAUGAUGAUUUUUUUUUUAAAUUAACCGAUGAUAGAUCUAUAAUUAUUUAAACAUAUUAUCAGAACUCAAGUUAUAAAACUACAGUAAAUAUACUUCAGGUUAUAAACACAUAUUUUACACAUCCAUGAAAUAUUUUUAUAUUUCACUUCUUCUGUUAUACAAGUACAAUGAAAAAAUUAUUAACUACUUCAUUGUCUUGAUUUGAUGGAUUUAAUGUACAUUUUUUUUAAACUUAAAAUAAUUUUAAAAGUUUACAUUUAGUUUGGAAAUUUCAUUUCAUAUCCUUGGAAACAUUAGUUUUACAUUAAAUAAUAUUAGUUUUUUAGAAAUUAUUCACUACUUGGUAUGUACGAAUCAUUUGCAUAGAAUAUUGGACAGUGAACAACUAAUAUAAUAUAAAAAUAAGUUAGUGAUAUGUUAUAUAAGAGAGAAGAAAUAAUUAUCUUUUUUCUCAGUCAAAUUACAUAAAUUCAAUCAAACUAAUAAUCCUAAAUAUGUGUUCAUGAUUAUAGGCUGUAUCUUUGUAAAUAAUGGUCCAAUUUGUUUUGUAGAGAAUUUAGUAAAUUUUCAAAUUAUCAUGGGUCUAAUCAAGAAAAAAAUGUAUUUGCAAGUAUUUAUGUUACUCGCAAAUAAAGUUUCUUGUCAUUCAUAACUUUUUUCACUGAAAUUUUGAGUGGUUGUUACUAUGAUUGGUCACUGCUCCAUUUAAUACCCUUUGGUUUAAUAGCUCAUUUAUCAAAAUUCAUCAUUCAUCAUUUAUCAAAAGUGGCCAGAAUGAGCACCAUUGAAAUACCAAAGAAAAUAAUGAUGCAGGAGCUGCUCCUCGUAAGACGGGUAGGAAGUCCGAGGACAAGAUGGUUAGACAACGUGGCCUAUGAUGCGAGAACCCCGGGAACUGGAGAGCUGCAGCAGAAGACAGAGCCAACUGGCGGAGGCUCUUGGAGGAGGCCCAGUCUCGGUAACGGGAUGUCGUGCCACAUAUGAUGAUGAUGAUGAUGAUCAAAAUUCAUCGCUCACGAGAGCUGGAAAAGGGAUCAUUAAGGUGGAAAACUAUUGUAUUAUAUUAUAAAGAUAGAUAAUUAUUUUGUCACUUUUUAUUAGUUUCUAUGACUUUGUAUCUUAGAUAUUGUUUUUUCUAAAAUGCUCAACUAUCCAACAAUAUAAUAUACCUAUACCCAGUAGAGCACAUUCCCCCCAAGAUUAUAAGGCAUUUUUUACUCUCAAAAUUUAUUCAAUUAGAAAACUAUUUCCUUUUUUAACAAAAAAAUUUGGGAUUAUUUUCUCAUGCUUUUACUGAUUUUAUUGGAUUAGAGGUUUAAAAAUUGAAAUAUCAUAUUUAAAAUCAGAGAUACAUUGCAACAACAUUUAACUGAACAAUCAGUUAUAUAGGAGUACAGUUUGUGUAGUAAAAGAUGAAAUGGAAAUACGUAAGCUUGUCUGAUAUAGAAAAUGGUACAUUAAAAAAAAUCUUUUUUUAACAUUGGGAUAUUAUUUUUUAUUUGAAAGUGUGAAUAAUAUAUAAUAUUAUUAUUUGAAUAAUAUUUAACAAAAUAUUGGAAAUUGCAGACCACUUAAAUCUUAGGUCAAUAAUAUGAAGUUAGAAAUAAUGUUAAGUGUGUGUAAUAAUUUAAAUUAGAAGGUAAUUCACAAAUUAAAAAAUAUUAAACAGUUACAUUAAAUAGGUAAAUAUAAUUAUCAACUCAGUUUUUUACUGUUUCUGAAACUUCUAUAUAUAUAUUGAAUCAUAUCACCAGGUUGAAAUUAUCAGAUUAUUUAAAGAAUUUUAAUAAAAUAAUAAUUUAAAAAACAAAGUUUUAUUUUAAUUGGUUGACAAAUCCAUUCUAAAAUCGAUUAUGUUGAGAACUACAAAAAAUUUACUACUGUAGAAUAUAUUAACAUUACGAUUUCCAUAAUUUCUUUUUUAUCUCUUGAAAAUGUCAAUAAAUGGUUUUGUAACUCCAUUUAUGACAGCUCCACUAGCGGUAACAGCACCUCUGACAACACUUUCUGUAGCAUUACCAACUCCUUUUCCAACUGCUCCUAUUCCAUUUCCAACACCUCUUCCCACAGAGGAAAUGUUCUCACCAGUGAACGUACCAGCUGAUCUCACAAAAUCUCCAAGAGGUUCAAAAA